CCUUCUGCGUCACUUAACCUUGCAACAAUGACUGACAAGGACAGGUUCUAUGAGGGUUGUGGGCGCGAAGGCCCAAUAAGGUGUAUAUUUCUUAGCGUAUUCCAUCCUACUGCUGGUCCUAAAAUUGUUUGCCAGGUUCCAUACAAUUAUAUUUCAAAAGAUACGUUUGAAUCUGUGAGUGUGUAUAUCAUUCCAAAAGCUCAGCUUCAACGGAGUAUGUUGACUGUAACUGUAUUAGGCUUCAAGAUAUUGGGUUUCCCUGUGAAAAUUGAUGACAAAAAAUAUGCAAGAAAUGCAUAUUAUUUCAAUUUAUGUUUUGUGUGUGAUGCAUGGGCUCGCACAGUUCAAUAUGAGAGUGUUGUGCGGAAGUUUUCUGACUAUCUGGUUGCUAUGGAAGUUGAAAGCAGCUUUCUCUCUCUUCAGCAAGAUCAUAGCAGUGAGAAUGCUCGAUUACCUAAAAUGUUGCGACAAGUAAUGCAAGAUUUAAACUCUCAUAAAAUGUGUACACUCACUGAAGGAACAAUGACCACCCAUUUUAAGGUGGUUCGCAUUUUACAAGACCCACCACCUGUUUUAGACCAUCAUGUGCCAAUUUUUACUGAGAGUCCAGACCUUUUCCAAGCAGAGCAGUGGGACCUGACAACGCAGAAAGUCCUUCCCUACAUCGAUGGUUUUAACCAUGUUGCAAAGAUAGCAGCUGAAGCUGAUGUUGAAAAUAAUUUAGUGAAAGCAUGUUUGCAAAACUUGGUUUAUUAUGGUGUUGUCUCUAUGAUACAUAUAUUUCAAUAUUCAAAUGUAUAUGCUACCACUCCUAAAAUACGAAAGUUGGCAGAAGAUAGACGCCUUCAGGAUGAGUGCGUAAGAUAUGUUGCUCGUUGUGCUAGGCAGCCACCAACUUUCAGAGAUGUUUUCCGUGUGUUUUGUUCAAUGACCCGAGGAACUACAGUCCGAGAUUUGUGUAUCAGACUGAGCCCUCACACAUUGAGAAUCAAUGAAAGGAAGUUGGUCCAAUUUGGGCUCCUGGAGGGAUUCAUUCGAAGAAUUCACAAGUUUCCUGUUGGUAAUGUGGAGAAGCCUGACCUUCAACCAACUGCUCCUCAGUCCUUCAAUGGUCUCCUUUCUAUGGAUGAGUAUUGCUGUCAGUACUCAUUGACCACUCAGAAGUUGGAAGAGCUGAUUGAUCGGGAACCAAAUAUUAUGGUCAUAUGGAAAUAACAUGUAAUUCACAUAAAAUCUCAAGCAUACAUAAAUUUAUUUUUUUAUACUGAGAUAAUUUAAAAUCAGCUAAAACAUAUUACAUAAUUUUUUAAAAUUCGGAGCUUAAUGUUAUAACGAAACAAUAAAGAAAAUUCAUCCAGUAUUUUUCUUGACCCAACAACCCCAUUCUGUUGUGUGAGCUAUCUUAGUGUUGUGCCCAAAGAGUAACCUAGGAAAGGUUGCAUGGGCCCGCAAACUAAGACGGCUCUCGUUUAGGCGGAGCACUGCCAGUGACCAGUUUGGCAUACUUAACUUCAAUCCUUCACAGAAGACCUUUUUAAAUGGCAAUGAGAGAAUACACUGUUAAAGACAAAUUGAAAAAGGAAAUACGGAAACCUCAACAACACUUGUUUCAAAACUAAAGGGAUGGAAUCACAUACUAGAAAACACCACAUCUUGUUUUUU